AUGACGGAGAAAUCAAAUGCUCGGAAAGGAGGAUCAGGUGUAGCCAACGUAGCUCGACAGACAUGGGAUCGUGAGCAUUAUGAGAAACUCGCGGAGCUUCGUGCGAAUGGUCAAUUCGAGAUUGCACAGACGAAAAAAGUGAUUGCGUCUUCAAAAGAGGAGUUCCAGACUGCUAAUGAAGGAGCUGCAGGACCUGCGGGAUCAGCACGAGCGUUUCUGAAGGCUCGUUCUGCUAAAGUAGCACUAGAAAAUAGUGUGGGCACGAUCAAAGUGAUCAAAUCAGAUGAAUUAAGUAAACACGGUGGUUAUUAUUGCGAGGUGUGUGAGUGUGGCCUCAAGGAUUCGGUGGCUUAUCUGGAUCACAUCAAUGGCAAAAAGCAUUUGCGCAAGCUUGGCUUUAGUAUGCGAGUGGAACGCUCGACAGUGGAUCAGGUGAAGAAUCGAUUGCAGAGCGCAUCCAAGCGUAAAUAUGACUUUAUAACGACAAAGAAGCUGGACACGAUGGAAGAUUACGAGAAAAAGUUGAAGGCAAUUGAAGAAAACGAGGCUCAAGUGAAGCAGCAGAAAAAAGAGCAGAAGAGAGCCAAGAAAUUGGGAAAACAGGUAUCGGACCUCGUUACGAAGCACCAUAACGUUGUGGAAACCAUAUCUGAUGCUGAUGAUAAAGUUCCUGAUGACACUGAGGCGGAGAUGAUGGCCAUGAUGGGUUUUGGUGGGUUUGGUGGCUCGAAAAAGUCGUGA